AUGGCAAAGAAUAUUGAAAGGGGUUGGGUGCGUAAGCUAACUUCAGAUGAAAAGGCGUUUCGCGGUCCUCGAACUUGGUUUCUGCCUCAUCAUGGCGUUGAAAAUCCCAACAAGCCAAAUAAACUAAGAAUUGUUUUUGACGCGGCAUCUACUUGCUGCGGCGUCAGUCUGAACAGUCGAUUGAUGUCCGGGCGCGAUUUGAUCAAUAAUCUAGUCGGGGUGCUUUUACGUUUUCGGGAAAGACCAAUCGCUAUAAGCGCCGAUAUAGAAGCCAUGUUUCAUAUGAUUCGAUUGCCGGAAGAUGAUACGGAUUCUGCACGUUUUCUCUGGUCGGAAGACCUUUUUUCAACCAAACGGCCAGAUGUGUAUAAAUUCUUAGUUCGUAUUUUUGGAGCUGUGGAUUCACCUUAUGUCGCAAACUUUUGUUUGAAGAGAGCUGCGUACGAUAGUAGAAACAAGUUUCCUAGAGACGUAAUAUUAACUACCGAUAGAGACUUUUAUGUCGAUGAUUUACUUACUUCGAAAUGGAAUGUUGAUUCCGCGGUAUCGACAGCUAAAGAUAUGAUUAAGAUGUUACACGAUAAAGGAUUCAACUUGACCAAGUGGGUUUCGAAUUCUAAAUCGGUUUUACGUGAAAUAUCCAGUGGACGUGUCGUCACUAAUGUUGACUUAGAUCUGGACAGAUUACCUGUUAGAAAAGCUCUGGGCUUGCAUUGGGACAUCGAGAAGGAUUGCUUUAUAUUCGACCACCAGAAAUUUACUGAAUUUACCACGAAAAGAAAGGCCCUUAGUGUAACCAGUUCAAUAUUCGAUCCAUUAGGAUUUGUAGCACCAAUCAUUUUGUAUGCCAAAUUAUUACUGCGGGAAUGUUGGCGUGACAACUUAGCUUGGGACGAAGUAUUUGAUAAUAAGAGAUUGAAGUGUUGGGAAAAUUGGAUAAAUUCGCUGAAAUGUUUAAAGAGUUUUUCGAUUCCACGUCAAUUUAAAGGUGUUAAAUGUGAAAGUUCCUCGUAUGAAAUUCAUAUAUUCUGUGAUGCAUCAGAAGUGGCAUAUGGCGCGGUAGCAUACAUAAUAUCGAAGCAUUCCCGGGAGAAUUUUCAGUGUAGUCUUAUCGCGGCUAAAGCAAGAGUCGCACCUAUGAAAGGUAUGACCGUGCCUCGUUUAGAAUUGCAAGGUGCUCUCUUGGCCGUGCGAUUGUUAAAUUUUCUCCGAAAAGAACUAUCCCUUCCACUAGGCGACGUACAUAUGUGGUCCGACUCGACUUGUGUAUUGAGAUAUUUAAAAAAUAAAACUCGAAGAUUUAAAACAUUUGUAGCCAAUCGCGUUCGCGAAAUACUCGAUCACACUCGGCCACACCAAUGGAAGUACGUCGACUCCGCACAGAAUCCCGCUGAUUACUGCACUAGGGGAAUGACGGUUUCCAAAUUUCUAGAAAAUUCUGAUCGAUGGCUACAUGGACCAGAGUUUUUGCUCAUGCCCGAAAGUGAUUGGCCAAGCCAGAUAGCGUUACGUGCAGUUGACGACCACGACCAAGAGAUUAAAUAUCAAACAUGCAUACUAGCAGAUUGUUUUAUAACUACGGAUAACAGCGAUGGAGUACUUGAUUCGGAAAUCGAAAAGGUCGUCGAUGUCGAACGUUUUGAUUCGUGGUUUUCCUUAUGCAAACGAACUGCCGUGGUUUUGUUGGCAGCUCGGUAUUUUAAGAAUCUUUCUGUGAAAUGUCCGACGUAUAGCCCGCUGCCAGCUCAACUUGUGACUCCUAAACAGUUGGAACUCGCGGGCCGGUAUUGGAUAGUUUCUGCUCAAAACAAGCAUUUCCGCGUGGAGCGCAAAUGCAUAACUAACGAGAAGAUUUAUCAUCAAAAUCAACGUUACUUAAUCUGA